AACAAGCGAGGAAGUGGGUUUCAGGUUUGCUCCAAUCUCCCUGCCACUUUGCCGCUGGUGUCUUCCUCCCGAUCUCCUGCUCUCACCUCCACGCUGCCCAUCUUGUCAGGAUGGUCCUGCCAUUUCACGCCCGGUCUCCCCCUCGCCUUGUUGUUACCGGCGUGGCCGCCUUCUUCUUCUUGCUCCUCCUCCUUGCAUCCGGCCACACCGGCUCAUACCUCCCAACAUGGCCAGCAGCAUGUGUGACAAACUCGUCCUCCAAAAACGCUAUCCCGAACCAAGUUCACUAUGUCUAUGUCCUUGAGGAUCCAACCAAGGACUUUUCCUUCCAGUUCAGCCAUUUUCUCUCCAUGUACGCCGCCAACUACCACUGGCGCCCGCACACCAUCUACUUGCACACCAACGUGCCGGCCGACAGCCCGACCAUCGCCCGCGCCCACAGCGGGGCGGCCGGCAAAUGGACGCGCCUGAUCUUCACCCACUUCCCCAACCUGCGGCUACGUACCGUCCCCGUACCGACGCACGCCGACAACGGCGUCGAGCUGCACUACCUGGAGCACCGGUCCGACUUUGUGCGCGUCGCGGCCAUGGCCGAGCUCGGCGGCGUGUACAUCGACUUCGACGUGCACGCGCUGCGGGACAUCCGGGUGCUCCGCGAGAGCGGCUUCCGCGGCGUGGCGGGCCGGCAGCCGGGCGGGGAGCUCAACAGCGGCACGUUCAUGGCCGUCCAGGGCGCGAGGAUGAUGCAGCUGUGGAAGGAGAGGAUGAAUCAGGUGUACGACAAGGAGUGGACGACGCACAGCAACAUCGCGCUGACGACGGUUGGGGAGAGGUUGGUGAGGGAGGAGGGCGAGGUAUUGAUCAUGGACCAGGACGCGUUCGCGCCGGUGGGCUCGGGGGAACAGGACAAUAUGGUGCUCUUUGCGGUACGGGAUGGGGCGGUGUCGAAUCUGGAGGGCGUGGUGCAGGGCGAUACAUUAAGGACGUUUGAUGAGACGUUUGACGAGCGCUGGGCACACCCAGAGAGAUUCCCGAAGGGCGUGAGAGACUGGUCGACGACAUAUAUGAUACACGCCUUCUCGCCGCAUCGGUUCCCGGAGCGCAAGAUUCCUGGCUAUGAGCACAUCACGCCGCGCUAUGUGCUGGAAAGGCAGAGCAAUCUUGCAAGGGCGGUAUAUCCAGUCGCAAAGAUGAUGUAUGAGCAGGGAUUGAUAGAGAUUGACGACUCGUACUUGGGAAUAUAAGGGGGCAAAACUCUAGAUAAUUAGCGCAGGCCUGGGCGUCCUCUUCGUCCUCUAUCUUGUCUUCUUCCGCGGUCGGCGGAAC